UGACAAUUGCAGAGCUUUGGUUCAGGGAAAGCAGUCUCUAAACGACGAGAAAAACACACAAAUGUUCCAGACUCAGUAGAGUGGAGUUUUUUACGAGGAGUUUGGGUAGCAGAGACUGUUUUAUUCCAAAGCAACAGAGCUAUUCUACAGCAAGACACCAUUUUCAUCUGGAUUUUAUAAGCGAGAGUAUUUUCUGGACAAUGACAUCUCGGAAGCCAAUGACCCAUUCAUAUUCAGGCAAUGGCAGAUAUGGCAGUCAAAAUGGGGAUGAUGUCCUUUCACCGCGUUUAGAUAGCCGCAACUACCUCUCCAGUGUCCGGCCCGAAAACAGGAGUACAUUUUGUACUGUCAUGUCUCAGCUGACAGAAGAGACUCAGCCAUGUUUUGAGACUACCAUCAAAUCCAAGGCAGUAUCCGAAACCUGCAAUGUGAAAUUCACCUGUGUGGUCACAGGUUACCCAGUUCCGGAGCUGACUUGGUAUAAAGAUGACAUGGAAUUAGACAGAUAUUGUGGUCUUCCCAAAUAUGAAAUUUUUCGUAAUGGCAAAAUCCAUACACUCCAUAUCUACAAUUGUACAGUGGACGAUGCAGCCAUCUAUCAGGCAUCAGCCAGGAACAGCAAAGGUAUUGUCUCUUGUUCUGGGGUAUUAGAGGUGGGCACCAUGAGUGAAUACAAAAUCCACCAGAGGUUCUUUGCCAAGCUCAAGCAGAAGGCUGAGCUAAAACGAAGAGAAUUAGAACACAGUUACUGCCAAGAGAAGGAGAACAUUCGACAGGAACAACUGAGCAGCAGUCAGAACAAUGUUAGGUGGACUGAUGGUCAAGUACCCAACUCAUCAACUGUCCAGGUUGGAGAAAACAAUGAAGAAAAAGAGGGGGAAAUAAUUAAGGAAAAGCCAGAAGCUCUUAAUGAGGAGCUGAAUCAGCUUUCAGUGAAAGUCCACAGAUAUCCAAUGAGAUCUGAUGGAAGUCAAGAAAAUGACAGUCAGCAUAUGGGCUCAGAUAUAAGUCAAAAGAAUCAUAAUCAACAGCUUAUCUAUGGUUCUGAGAAGGCAGAAAUUGGUAGCACCACCCCAUCCACCAAAGAGAAAGUAAGUAGAAAUAUCACAAUCUCAAAUGGAUUUGAUGAGGCUUUUACCACUCAGUCUAUCCAAGGUGUAGAUAAGGAUUCACAUGAGAGAAUGAGCCUGGCAAAGAGCUUGGUUGAGUCCUUGCAAUUAAAACUUGGUGAAGAACAUCAAAAAACUACACUUCAGUCACAGGAGCUCACAAGCACUAAAGUAAGCACCAUUCAAGAAAGGGAAAUGGAGAUGGCUGUGGCCACAGAGGGGGAAAAGAUGAAUGCUGAAGGAAGGCAUCAGGAGUGGGGAAGUUGCUGGGAAGGAGAACAAGAAAGGUCAUGGGAAAAGAAACAAGAAAAUGUUCGACAGCUUGAGCCUAAACACAUAGCUGCAACUGCCUCUGAAGCAAAGACACCAGUAUGCAAAGAACCAGAGUACCAGCACAAGUCUGCACUCAGCUCAGUGUUUCAUUCCCUAAAGGACAUAUUCUUUGGUAAGAGUAAAAAAUCACCUGAGACCACAGACUCCUCUAAGAAAGUCAGUGACAUAAAUGCUGAAAAUGAAAUCUUGGCUGUUAAUACAGAUGCACAUUGCCAUCUCCCACAAGCACAGCCACAAAGACAUGGCACAUUAUCAGGUGACUGUGGUACCAUGCCAAAUCAGCUUGUACCUGUGGAAAUAGAUCAGCAAAACCAAAUUGGAACCCUUUAUGUAAAUAAACACUUUUUCCAGGAAUCACCCUCUUUACAUAUUAAGACUGAGAUGCAGAAUUUGAAUUUGGAUAAUCACAUUCAUGGGUUUACUACAAAUUAUACUAAAGAUAUUGCCCAAGCUUCUAAGACACAUCAUGACGGUAUAGAAGAGGAUAAGGAAGUUGGCCCAGAAGCACUUCAAAAGGACAACUUGUUGACAAUUCCUGAGGCUUCAGAUGACCAUACAGAACCCAACAAUGAUGAGCAGAUGGUUCAGGUGCAUCAUGAGACUGCUGGGCAAGAAUGCACUGCUCCCACUGAUCAAAAAAAGGAAGAUGGUGGAGAAAUGCAAACUCUGAAGGAACAAGAUGAUACUACAGACUUCACAGUGAUUUCAACAGCCUCCAUGCCACAACUACACAGGACAGACUUGGAAAGCUGUCCCGAGACUCAAAUUUCAAUGCCAGAUGGUCAAGCAACUCUCCUGGGCAUUAGGGUGGAUGAGGAUGGUAUUAGGGUGGAUGAGAAAAUUGCAGAAUGUAACCUCAAUCAAGGAAGCAAAGACAAGAUGGAUGUGACAAAAGCAGAAUCAACAGAUUCCACAAAGAAGUCUGAGACAGACACUUAUGUUACAGAAAGAUUAACUCUUUCUAUAUAUGAGAGGGGACAACAAUACAAUGCCAUUUCUCAAGAUAAAUCAACCCCAGUAUUUGAUGUGGGUCAAAGAGAGUCUUGUAUAAUGGAGAGUAACAUUACACAAAAUAGAAAUUCUACUUUGGUUCUUAAUAGCUUUAUGAAAAAUGUGCAAGGGUUUGCAACAGGAUCUGUUGGACAUGAUACAAGUAAGGUGGAAACUAUAAGUAGUGUUGGAAAUAAGGAUAACACUGAAACAAAGAAAGCUGAUGGUUUUGAAAAAAUGGAAGAGAAGCAAGAUGAAAUUCAAGAGAAAAAGAUAGAUAAUGAAAUGGAGCAGAGAGGUGAUAGCAAAGAAGAAAGCACAAAUUUUAUGUCUGAGCAGGGUACAGAAAUGUCUAAAUUUAAAAAGCAACCAGAAAUUGAGGGGCGAGAGACUCAUUUAAGUGUAGUAGAAAAAACAAAGAUAUAUACAAAAGUACAACCAGAAAGGCACAUGAUUGAGUCUAGGGACCAAUCUGUUGUCUCUCCAAUCAUAAUCCUUCCUGACACACGGGAAACAGUCAUCAAGAAUGUAGCAAAGAUGAGAGCUAUGCCAUUUACUCCAGAAAUCAAGGUUACAGUCCCAGAAAAAGUUAAACAUGAGGAACUUUUCAGUGCCCCUAGAAUAGAUACUCUGUUAUCAGAACCUGAGAGAGUUAUCUAUCAUGAUGAUGCACUUAUACAUAGAGAUAAUGAACCUUCUUCAGAGGAGCUAAUUGACAUUGCCUCAAGAGCUCCAAACAGAAAUACCAGAGAUGACAGAGUGAUGAUAAUUGCAGAGCCUCUAGAUGUUACACCUCCUCAGCAUGAAAAGAAUGUUAACUGGUUUCCAUCAGACCAGAGAACCAGAGAUGUUAAACCAGAAAGUUUAGAAGCUCAAAUGGGUGAUGGAGAAGAACCAUACAAUGUCAAUAGUGGUUGGAAUAGAGGAAAUGACAGCAAUAGUAUCCCUUUAAUCAGCAUAGCAUGUGCCGAUGAUAUUACACCCUUCGAAGGACAGGGCAAAGAAAAUAGAAAACCUGUCUUUCAUGAUACAGUUCACUCAGACAGCACAGCUCUUAAAAUGCAAGCCGAUUCAUCUUCAUUUAUCCCCACAACACAUGUAGAAGGCAGUACAGAAAACAGUAUAAAAAAGGAAAUUGUACCAGAGUCUUUGACUGUCAGAGAGGUGGUGGGACAUUUUGACAGUGGAGCCAAUCAUAAUGCAUACCAAGUAUUUGAGAAGGCUGCAUUGCAAAAAGAAGGAACUGAGAGCAGGAACUUGGUGGAGACUCAACUGAGCUCUGAUGUCUCCUCAGCAUUAUCACCAAAAGCACUUCAGAAUACCAUUACCUGUGACACUAAUGUCUGUCCAGACAAAGAAUCAAAAGUGGAACCUGACGCUGACAAGUUCCAAAAGGAUAAACCUGCUAUGGAGAAACUUGGCCUAACAACACCUGUUGGACCAACACUCCCCCCACUCAGCCCAGCCAGUUUACGUAGGCUUAUGGCAAAGAAUAACCCUAACUUGGAAACUCAGGGAUCUACUGUCACCAUAUUAGGGGAUGGAAGUGAGAGGAAAGGAGAAGAUAGUGGAGGCAGCACACCCACAUCCAUUCUAUCCUGUGAGAACAGCCCCAAGAUGAAACGGCGAGACAGCCUGACUCUUAUCCCCUCUGCUACCCCAGAAGAGCUAGCAUCUGGGGCUCGCAGAAAAAUCUACCUUGCCAAAACAAAGUCUGAAGAUGAAGUCUCAGACACCCAAAGCAAAAGAGACAACCCAUACAUGUCACCCAGCCAGGCACGGAGAGCUGCUUUUUUGCAACUUCAAAGUGGCCAACAAGCACAGCACAUGGAAAAACGUUCACCUUUGUUAGGUCGCCGUAAAACCACAGUGGAAAUGCACAAACCUAAGGAGGAGCCUUCAGAGGAGACUAAUAUGUCAAACACAGACAGUAAACCAGCAGAAAAAGAAAAGUUAGACCCCUACAAAGCUCCUCAGGUAAUCCGAAAGAUCAGGGGAGAACCCUUCUCAGAUGCCUUGGGCCACUUGAAGCUGUGGUGUCAAUUUUUUAAUGUGCUCAGUGACUCCACAAUCAAGUGGUUCAAAGAUGAUAUAGAGAUUGCAGAACUAAAAAGAAGUGCAGGAGAUGAGAGUCAAGUGGCAUUGGCUAUUGUUCAGGCAUCCAGCAGAGACUGUGGAGUAUAUGGCUGCACAAUCAAGAAUGAAUAUGGCACUGACAUAACUGACUACUUACUCAGCUCAGACAUAUUGGCUGAGUUCUUCUUACGAGAUGACACAGAAGUGGGAGAGGAGAUUGAGAUGACACCCUUGCUGUUCAGCAAAGGCCUGGUGGACCCCGGCUACUGGGGUAAUAAGUUCUUUGGCCGCAUUAUGAUAGAGGAGCUACAAAUUGGGGAAGGAUGCACACACAAAAACAGCAGAGCCAAGGUCAUUUAUGGUCUGGAGCCUAUCUUUGAGUCAGGAAGCACCUGCAUUGUCAAAGUGAGAAACCAAAUUGCGUAUGGGACCAAAGAAGAAAACUGCUUGGCUGAGAUAAAUUUAGAGAUCACCAAACAGGAAUGUAAAAUCCAUAACGCAGUUCGGGAAUAUGGCAAAAUCUUUGCUGCUGAGGCAAGAGUGAUCAAUGAGUUUGGUUUCACAUUAGAAGUGAUUCCAUUAUAUUUGAUCUACCGGCCUGCCAACACCAUCCCAUAUGCAACAAUGGAGGCUGAUUUAAAGGGGGUGUAUCUGAAAUACUGCACAAUGGACAACAAUGGGAGACUGAUCACUCAAACCACAUCUGAAGUGGAGCAAAAAUGUUGUACAUUUCAGCACUGGAUCUAUCAGUGGACAAACGGCAAUCUGCUGGUCACCCAACUAGAAGGUGUAGAUACAAAGAUCACAAAUGUUAAGAUUGCCACCAAGUCCAAAGGCUAUCAGAGUCUCACAGAUGAAGGCGCCCCAAAGAUAUUGGAACAAUUUGUCAUCCAACAUCAGUGCAACUACUACUGUGGGUUGCUGGGCCUGAAGGCCCUGACAACGAUUGAUUCUUUGCAGCAGUCAAAGUUAAAGACAUCCAGGAGUCCAAUGCUGUCUCGUAGGGCGGGUCUUGCUGAUUCAUCCAGCCCACAGCUUCAGAAGAAAGGGUCAAGCAGCCCUCAAACAGCCAAGAAAGCCAACUGUAGUCCCAAGGUAGCCAAAAAGAUGAUUGAAGAUGGGGAGAAUAUCCCUGCUACCAAACAUAAAACAAUGGAAGUCCCUAAAUCUGUGAGAAAGAGGUGAAAUAAAUUUUAUUGGCAAAAAUGAAGAACCCAUCAGGGCAUUCUCUUUCAAAUUUUCACUUUCAAUCUUUUUAUCAAUUACAUUAUGCUCUGAAUUAGAAAUUGAAUGGCCAAAAAGGUACACUUUCUGAGUUUAUUUGAAAGCUUAAAAACAAUGGUCCUUAUUCAUCAAAGUUGGUUAAAUCCAAUCAUAACACAAGCCUUCCACUGACAGUUUUGCAAUCAAUUUUGUCUUUAAUGUGUCUGUACAAUCAAACUCUCAUGUGAUCAGUGUGUGUAAAUUUGAGAAUAGCCAGAAACAUACUUGAUUUCCAGUAAAAUAAUGAAAAUAAUUCAAAAUUAUCAAGAAUUACAUAAAGUACAUUAAUUCAAGCAAUACAAACAAUAAAAAUAAUAAAUAAAACAAUGGUGCACAGAAACCUCUAAAAUAUACUAAAAUCUAGGUAAUGUGGUUUAGUGUUAACGUGUAAUUUGUAUACGUGAUUCAGAAUGUACAUCUGGAUAUUUUAUAGCUCAGUUGAGUAGGUACAAGAGGCAGCAUACACUCAAUGAACAGUUUAUUAGGAAAACCUGUAUACCUCCUCAUUCAUGCAAUUAUCUAAUCAGCUAAUCAUGUGGCUGCAGUGCAUAAAAUCAUGCAGAUAUGGGCCUGCAGCUUCAGUUAAUGUUCACAUCAAACAUUAGAAUUGGGGAAACGUGAUCUCCGUGAUUUUGACCAUGACAUGAUUGUUGGUACCAAACAGGCUGAUUUGGGUAUUUCUAUAAAUGCUGAUCUCCUGGGAUUUUCUCCUUGGAUAAGCUGAGAGAAAAGCUACAGUAACAUAGAUGACCAUUCUGUACAAUUAUAGUGAGCAGAAAAGCAUCUUAGAAUGCACAAUGCAUUUGAACUUUGAGGUGGACGGGCUACAACAGCAGAAGACCAUGUCCAAUUCCCCUUCUAUCAGCCAAGAACAGAAAGCUGAGGCUGCAGUUGUGACAGUCUCAUCAAAACUGGACAAUUGAAGACUGGAAAAACAUAGCCUGCUCUGAUGAAUCUCAGUUUCUGCUGAGGCACACAGAUGAUAGGGUCAGAAUUUGGCACCAAUAGCAUGAAUCCAUGGACCAACCUGCCUUAUGUCAACAGUCCUGGCUUGUGGAGGUGGUGUAAUGGUGUGGGAAAUGUUUUCUUGGCACACUUUGGGCUUGUUAAUACCAACAAAAAAUGAAAUGAAUGAAAAGUUAAUUAAAUAUGACUGCAGCUGAAUCUGACCUAUUCAAAUACUAAAUUUAUUUAAAA